AGCUGCAUGAACGUUAAACAGUCAUUCAGAAAUAAGAUUUCAACCGCAAUUACCUUUGAACAGGAAAACGCAGUGAACAAAACUGGAGUAUGAAAAUGCAUCGGCAUCUUCUGGUGUUGGCAAUUAUUUCCACUUGUAUCUGCAUGUACAGUGUACAAGGGGAUUUUGAAAACUGCUGCCUGUCUUAUGCCAAGGCGAAUAAUUAUGCAGCACUAGGAAAGCAUAUCAAAAGCUAUUACCAUCAGGAAAUCAGUGAAAGCUGUCACAUGAGAGCAGUUGUAUUCUAUUUAAAAAAACGAAACAGAAUAAUUUGCGCAAAUCCUCAUGAGGAAUGGGUAAUAGGUUUAAUGAAGCAAGUUGACAGAAGACAAUUUGUAAAGUUUAAUAACUUCAAUGAAAAGUACAAGGCAAAGAAUUAUGGAUAAAUCAUGAUGGACCCUAUCAUGGAAGUAAAAUGUAGGAACAUUGAAUACAACAUUCAUCUCUUACAUUCCAAAGGCUGUGUUAAAUGUGUGAAAAUGUAAUUGUUAUAAUUUGUUUCAGGAAAUCCAUAUAUUUUAUGUCAUAUGCCAAGAUCAAUUUUUGAAAAUAUUUUACUGUGAAAAAAAAAGUGAAAUUUUGUCUAAAACAUAAAAAGGGCAUGAAAGUCAAACAUUAUCUUUUAGGAUUCAGAUCCAGUGUACAAUUUAAAACAAACCAACAAAAAACCCUAUCAAAUUAACUUUGUUUUCUUAGUAUCCUUUGUAAAAGAGCAUACCUAGGUAGCCUCAGGAGCGUGCAAAUGUUUUGAGCACUAUAUAGCAGCAAUGUUUACAAAUCACUGCUGCCAUAUAGUGCUAAAAAAUAUGCACACUUCUUAGUCUAACUAGGUAGGAUACCAUGAAAACAAAACCGUUUUAAAUAGAAGUCAUUUUUUUCUUUAAAUUGUACAUUGUUAUCUGAAUUACAAAUCUUUAAAGGGUGGUAAUAAAAGUGAAAUGCAAAGUUGUUUUUUUAAAGUAUGCAUUAUUAAACUUUUUAUAUUACUAACUGUUUAAUGACCUGUUAAGAAUAAAAUAAUACAUUUAUUAGUUGUGAGUUGUUAUCAGUUACAAAGUUAAAGAAACACAAACCCAAAUUUUUUCUUUCAUGAUUUCAUGGCUAAAUGUAGCCACCAAUCAACACUUGCUACCCAGGUGCUGAACCAAAAAUGGGCAGGCUUCUCAGCUUUACAUUCCUGUUUUUUCAAAUGAAGAUAACAAGAGAACAAAUAUAUAUAUAUAUAUAUAUAUAUAUAUAUAUAUAUAUAUAUAUAUAUAUAUAUAUAUGUGUGUGUGUGUGUGUAAAUUAGAAAGUUGCUUAAAGUGCAUGCUCUAUAUGAACCAUGAAAGAAAAAAAAAAUGGGUUUUGUGUUCCUUUAAAACAAAACAGAAAACUGAGCUUUCAUCAAUGGACUGGUUAGAUCAUUUAAAGGGACAGUAUACACCCAUGUUCAUAUAACUGCAUGUAAUAGACACUACUACAAAAAAAUAAUAUGCACAAAUACUGAUAUAAAAAUCCAGUAUAAAACUGUUUAAAAACGUACUUAGAAGCUACAAGUUUAACUCUGUUAAAAAGGUUAGCUAUAAAACCCACUAAAGUGGGUGUAUAGCAAAAAAACAAACAAACAAACAGACCCUCCCCCUUCCUUUGCAAAUGAAAAGACCCUUUACACAAGCAGGAGCAAGCUGGAGUAUGUAUACUUUAGUAUACUUUAAAACUUUGGGGCUUGGUUAGGAGUCUGAAAAUCAGGGCAAUGUUAUUUAAAAAUAAGCAAAACAAUACAUUUAUUUAAAAAAAGCUGUAUGGGCUAUAUAAAUGGAUCAUCUACAAAACAUUUAUGCAAAGAAAAAUCUAGUGUAUAAUGUCCCUUUAAGUGAUUCAGAUCAUGCACAUAUGGACAAAGUUGAAUUUCAGAUGCUGAUAUGUCAUUAUCUUUCAUAUCUAAAUUGGUAUGCUGAGUUAGUUUGUUUCUAACCCCUUUGUGUUUUAAUAUUUCAUUUACAAGUGUGUAUUAUUUAAUAUGCUCCUAUGCUGUGAAACAAAUUGCUUACUUUUAUGAUAUAUGUCAAUUUAAUUUUUACCUCAAUAAAGCUCAAUAUAUAUAUAAAAA